GGCGCUCCCCCGAGCCGCCGCCAUGGGCGACGGGGAGCCGCUCGUGGCGCAGCAGGACGAGGUGCGGCGUGCGACGGGCGAGGGGCGUGCGCGGCCCGCCGGAGCAGGCUCCCCGCUCGCUGCGGCGGAGGCCUCCGGGCCGCGGGCACUCGGCCGGCGCAGCUGCGCGGGCGCGGCGGGACUCGCCAGCCUGGUGGCCGCCGGGGCCGCUCUCGUCGCCGCAGCCUGGGCCCUGGGGCAGCGGCCCGGGGGCCCAACGGCGCGCCCAGGGCGCGGGCGGCGGCCCGGGGGCGAGGCGGCACCCGCGCGGGCAGCGGCGCAGCCCGCCGUGGACGACGAGGCGGUGCGGUCCGCCUCAUGCGCAGCACGCCAGCUGGGCAUGGCUGCUGGCACCAUCUGGGGACAUGGUGGUCGAGGCCCCCCUGGUGGACGUGCUGGACGGCUGCGGCUCCGCGAAGGUGGUCGGCCAGCUCCACGGCGGCCAGGAGCUGAGGGCCGCGUCCCUGGAGGGCCUCGGGUGCCUUGA